UUUGUUGGCCAUCCUAAAAAUUGGAAUGGGUUUGCUGAAAGAGCUCGAUCCGGGUCACGUAGUGGGAGACAUUGUUUCCUCCGUCGAUAUUAUUUAAUCAACGACUGUAUGAAGGAUUUGUUUUAGACGUGGAUAGCUGACUUGGAUAUGCCUUCGUUUUGUGGAAAAAAUCUUCCUUCCUUAUCUCUUCGUAGACCGCAGGCCAUUCACUCUCCACCUCCAUCAAACUUGAACUCCUUAAUCGAUUACCUCGUAGCCUGCAAAUCGUUUUCCAGUGGUGAUCUCCAUAGAUCUCCAUCAUCUCUAUCCCUACUCCCUAGCAUCUCCAACCGUCUCCAGCACUCUCUUCCUUUUCCUUUCUCUCUCUGCCUCGGCAAAAAAACUCUUCCCUUUCCAUGCGCCUUUUCUGCGCCUUCCCUUCUCUAUAGAUCGGUAAAAAAAAUCCUCCCAUUCAAUAUCAAUCGGCCAUUCUCCAUCUCCAUAUUCUCACCACAGCUCGCAAAUCUUCCGUUUGUCACCUUUCAAUUCUCGCCACGCGCUCGAAUCCGCCCCGUGAGCAAAAGCCAAACCCUAGAAGUCAAGUCCAAUCCCAGCUUCCCUCGUCCUGUCGUCAGCCGCCGGUAACAGCCCGCCCUCUCCAUUCGCAGCAAUAGCUAUCGAUUUUCCCAGGUACGUCUAUCCCGCUCUUCAUUCUGUAACAAAGCAAAAAGAGAGAAAAUAACAUGGAGGAAGAAUGAGGAACAAGAAAGGAACCAGAGGAUUGUGCUAUUUGGCUGGAGGGGAACUUCGUUAGUUCUAUUUUGCUCGCAGAAUCGCAGAUCUUGUUCUGUCUGUGAGGCUCUUCUGCAUUUUGUUGUUCUUCUUGUAUAUUUUUUUUAUGAAUGCGAAUAUGCGAUGAACAUGACUCCAAUUUAUUGUUGAAUUUUAUUGAUUGUUUUAAUUGAUUGGAGUUGUGUUUUCCACCGAGCAUUUCCCCUAGUUUAAUCGGUUUAAAUUUAUAUUCGCCUAUUUGGUAUAGAAAGAAAGAAGUGAACGGGAGAAGAGCAAACUCGGCUUCCCCUGUUCUUUAAGUUCCUCUGUUCUAAACUUUCCUUUGUUCUGCUAUUUUCUCUUGAAAAGUUCGUCGGAGGUGGAGAAACCUAAAGUCCAAAAUACACCUGAAUGGAACCGGGUCUUUGUUGUUGUUAAAAUGGAAGAUCUCUCCCUCCAUAUUGAUUUGAGUACAGGUAUUGGGUGGCGGCUGAUCAAUUGUAAUUGUUUAUCUUUGUUUUGCACCUCGUUAAUGAUAUUGAUAAUAAUGUAAUGGGAAUGGACAUGGUUCUUUCAAGUUUAAUAAUUAUUAAUUAAUGAUGAAUUCAGUUUAAUAAUUAAUUAGUGAUUUGCAAGAUGACAACAAAUAGUGCUUUACAAUUUGGAUUCUAGUAGUAAUUUGUAGUUUGAGAAGAAAGAAGAAGAAGUUCCAGCUCUUGGCCAUAGUAAGUAAGCUCCAGUAGUUGUUAUAGUUAGGCCUUGGUGGGUUUAACAGAUGAGAGAAGGAGGGCAGGUAAGGAAACGAGAAUCUGUCUGGUAUGUGCUGGAGACUAGCGAGUGUAUUGCUUCUGUUUAAGAAGUGUUAUUGUAAUUAGCACGAAACAAUUUUCGUAGUUUCACUAUGUUAUCAUGUUUGUUGCUUCUUAAAUGAAACUUUGUAGGAUUAGUCCAUAAAUGAGUCAAUUCCUUAGAUGAAACUUCAGUUGUCAUGUUAUCGUGUUUGUUGCUUCUUGCUUGAUUGAUUAUGUAAUUCUUUUCUUUUCGUUUCUUUUUUUAGGAGCAAUGGACGCUAGGGCUAGAAGAAGCAAAGUUUGGGAGAAUUUCACUCAUGUUGAAUCAGAGGAGGAGGUCAAGCUUCAAUGCAACCAUUGCAUGAAGGUUUUUGGAUGCAAUCCUAAUAAGAAUGGGACAGUUUCACUGUGGAGGCAUCUUAAGAUGUGCACUAAGGGAAAUCUUCAAGAUUAGUGGAGCCUUAUGUACUUUACUGUAUUUCCUUCAUUAUAUUUGCCUAAAUGUUAUGUAAUGGUCUCAACUCUCAACUAUCAAGACUCAAGAUACGGGCUCAUAGGUUUAUGAUCAACCAAGUUGUCAGCUUUUUAAUUUCUUGUUGCUCCACUAUUUAUUAUUUUAUUUAUGUUGGUUUUGUAACCUUAAUGAAUCCUCUGCAAGGUACCAACAACUAGGAACAUAAAACUUGUUAAUGUUAUAUUGAAGCAAAAUAUAGUCACUCAUUUGUUUAAUAAUGUACCUUCAUGUUUUUUUCAUUGCAAUAUGGUGAUCGGUGAGUUUGUUUUAAAUUAGUGUAAUAACUAAUUAUAAAAAAACUCGAUGGUUUGGACCGAACAACCCGUAACCCGACCUGUUGUAACCCGCAAUCCGAUCAACCCGAACCCGAUUGAUCCGCAAUUCGAUCAACCCGAAACCCGAUUGAUCCGCAACCUGAUCAACCCGAGCCCGAUCAACCCGCCACCCGAUCAACCCGCAACCCGAUCAACCCGAACCCGCUUGACCCGCAACCCGCUUGACCCGCAACCCGCUUGACCCGCGACCCGACUGAACCCGACCCGAACCCGCCCGAUUGACACCUAUUGGUACUAUUAAUGUUAUUCUGUGUUGCUGGUAAAUCAAUGGCAGAACAACCUAUAACACAAUUCUCUUCAAUUUGCGUGAGAAGAAUUGUUGAACAAGACCACGUUGUAUAUUUAUAUAGUUGAAGGACCUAGCAGUAAUUUUCCCUUUUUGUACCCUAAUACCAAUGUGAGAGGUAUAUAAGGCUGGGUCGUGUAUGUCUGUCGCAUAUACUGAGGAAGAGCAGUUUUCUAGCUGCAUGAUACUAAGAGAUCAGCUGAGAGCGUUUGCUCUCAGUGGAGUAGUCCCGUUCACACCAAAUGAGAAAACCAUGUUAAAUCGUUGUGUUGUUUGCUUCUUCAUUUUUGCUAUUUUAUGUGAUACCAGAGCUUUGAUCCGUAUCAGAGAGUACUGCAAUCAUGACCAUCGGAGAAGAUUGUGGUAAGGGUGGUGUCACCUACGCUGAGGUCAUCCCACUCACGUCGCCACUCUAUCUUCAUCCGUCGGAGAAUCCAAGCCAAUUAUUUGGAAGUGAUCUCUUGACAGAUUCGAACUAUAGCGAAUGGGUAAGCGAUAUGACCGAAACCCUAACCCUAAUCGCAAAGAAUAAGCUGGUGUUUGUCGAUGGCAGCUUUCCACGAUCGAAAUCAGGACCUAGCAUCAUGGAUGAAGCUUGGGGAAGAUGUGACGCCACAGUAAAGGGCUGGCUUAAGACAACCAUGAGCAAAGAGGUUAGUAAUAGCGCCAGGGCCACGCGGAUGGCAUGCGCAAUAUGGGCGGAUCUCACGCAAAGGUUUGGCAAGGGCUCGGCCAACUGGGCUUUCGUGCUACGUCAUUCAAUCAGGUCGCUGCGACAGGAUAAGCUCUUGGUGUCGGCCUUCUACAUGAAGCUCGUGACGCAUUCUGGGAUGAGCUACAUUCUGUCUAUCUCAACCUAGGUUGUUCAUGCGGGAAUUGCACAUUUGAUAUUGCGCGCCAGGUAAGAGAAAGGGAAGAAGCCAAAAGGUUGUUUGACUUUUUGUUGGGUCUGGACGAUGUGUGUGUCGUGGUCCACUCGCAAAUUCUGCGUGCCAAACUAAUCCUACCGUUGACCGAGGCGUACCAACUUGUGGGUACCGAACAGCAGCAGCGACACACAACGGGCGGGAGACGUCCGUCCAUAGAAGCAGUUGCAUCUUGAGUCGACAAGACAAGGAGAUUGGAGAGGUACCAAGGUGCAACCACUGCAAAAAAAACUUGGUCACCUCAAGGAAGCUUGCUACAAACUAAUUGGCUAUCCUGGCCAGGAAGAGAGAAAUCGCCAAGGCGAGCAUGGAGUUUCCCAAACCCCACGUCGAGGAAAAGGCGACGGCAAGCCCCCAGCAACCACAAGCAGCGAACGCCGAGCUCGAGCACAACCCUAUUUCGGGUAUCUCCGCAGCUCAAUUUUCCCAAUGGAAGCAACUAUUGACCACACCAACACCUCCGGCUUUAGAAACAACUCCACACAUGGCUGGUAACUCCCCUGAACUAUAUGAGUGGCUCAUCGAUUCUUGUUGUAGUGAGCAUAUAGUACGCGAUUUUGGUUGGUUAAGUCAAGUUGACAGCACUAGUUCCCAUCCCCCCGGUUUACAUCCCGGAUGGAACGAUUUCAGUUAGUCCUAACUAGAGAUAAUCACGUGAACUUGGUUUUUGCGGGUGAUAUGUGCCUAAUUCAGCACUCACACUCCAAGACCACAAUUGGGAUGGGUCGUCUUUGUAAUGGGCUCUAUUAUCUCCAUCACAUGGAAGGGCAGGGACGGCGAGAUGUGAAUUCCUCUGGUGUUUUCGUGGGCGCAACGAAGGAGUCAAUGGAGCUUUGGCACGCUAGGUUGAGGCACCCAUCGGUUGAGAAAUUUCAGUUUUUGAAAGAUAGUUUGUCUUUGUUGGAUCAAACUCGUACGUAGGGGUGGAAAUCAGUACGAUACCGGUAUCCCAAUACCAAAUACCGAAAUCGCGAAUACCGAAUUACACCCUAAAAUCAAUCCCAAUCCCUAAAUAAUUUUGGUAUCCCAAUUCCUAAAUAUUUUGGUAUCCCAAUCGGUACUUUGGUAUCCCAAUCGGUAUUAUCGAAUACGAAAUUAAUUACCUUUAUAAUUAAUUAUUAAAUAUAUAAAUUAGAUUUGAUUGUUUAAUAUAGGACAAAGAGACUAAACAAAGAGUCUUGAGUUUGGCUAGAUCAAGGAUAUUGAUAAGGAGAAUGGAGGAGAGGUGACAUCUCAAGUUUUUAUCAUUGGUAAUUUUUAAUUUGACAAAUAAGAGGCUGGGAGAAGACUAAUAUUAAUGUUUGCUUUUUGGUGUUAUGAAAAUAACAAUAGAUUGGUGGUUUAGGGUUGUGUAGUAGUGAAUGAGAGAGUCUAAUCGAGAGGAUAAAAUAUACACUAGCUUUUAUUGUUCGGUAGUUCAGUAUACUGAUCCCAAUCCCGUAAUCCCUAAUACUGAAUAACAAUUGAAAUUGAAU